ACCACCAGCAUCACCACCAGCACCACCACCACCAGCACGUGAUCGUCAUCGCCACGGCGUCCGUCUUGGUGUGUUUACGUUGCCAUGGAGACGUCUUCAGUCGGCUUGCAACACCAACCUGAAGCGAGGCAGGCAACUCUUCCCGGGACAAGCCACGGUAUUUAAUUGAGAUUCAUUCAAAAAGCAAAAACAUGAAUUUCAAAUAUUCUCCUCAGUAGUUGUCUUGAGACUUGGCAAGGCUUUCUUGGAUAAAUACAGGGUACAGUAUUAUUCUUACAUACAAUAGAAAAAUGUGCAUCUCAUUCAGUCGUCCAACACAUUAGUACAAAUGUUAUUAAAUAAUUCAUCAUCAUCAACAAUGAUCAAUCCACUGCCGGAUAAAGUAGUCCCAAAACGGCUCCGAUGUAAUGAGGCGGUUUGAUUCAGUCACAAUUUAAAAUAGCUGAGCAAAAGCUGCUGCUGCUGCUACUUCCUCACCAUGAGCAAGUGGCCGGGUCAGCCCGGGCAGGAUCCGGGUCACGAUCAAGGUCACGAACACAGUCAGGGUCACCGCAGUCAAGGUCAAAGUCAGGGCCACUCCAACGCACGUGACGCGACUGCGGCGGAACGACGCUUGCGUCUGCGCAUGGACAAGCACCCGCUGUUCGAAGGCAAGCGCCUCAAGCUGUCGGGCCGAGAGCUGCUGUCGCUCCCCGCGGAGCUCUUCUCUCUCUCCGAGCUGGAGGUGCUGGACCUGAGCCCCGAGCGGGAGAGCUGCAUCCACUACACGCUGCGCUCGCUGCCCGCCGACGUGUGCCGCUUGCGCAACCUGCGCGUCCUCUGCCUCGACACCAACGAGCUCAAGGAGCUGCCCUCCGAGGUGUCGCUGCUGGCCAACCUGGAACGCGUGAGCCUCAGCAACAACGCCCUCACCGCCCUCCCGCGGGGUCUGGGCGGCCUGCGGAAGCUGAGGAGCGUGCACCUGGCCAACAAUAAGCUGGGCCCGGUGCUGCCCGCCGAACUGUGCCAGCUCAAGGCCCUCCGCUUUCUCGACGCAAGCGACAACUGCAUCGAGCGCCUGCCGAGCGCCAUCGGCUCCAUGGCCAAGCUGGAGACUCUGUUGCUGCUCUACAACUCGAUUCGGGAGCUGCCGGAUGAGCUGUGCUCUCUCACCACGCUGAGGACCCUGUGGUUGGGCAGCAACCGCCUGCGCAGCCUGCCCAGGGGAUUUGGGGAGAUGCGCGGCCUGCGGUGGGGUUCGUGCAGCGCCGACGUGGACGGCAAUCCCAUGGUGGAGCCGCCUCUGGACGUCUGUCGCCGUGGGGUGGAGGCCAUUGGACGUUACUUUGCGCUGAGGGACUCGACUGAGGUCACGGGGCCUGCCGGCCCGGGGGCGAACCUCGACUUGAAGCGUCAGCGGAGUCUGGGACUUGACCCGGGCUCAAAACUUAAGCAAGCCUCCAAAGUUGAAGUGAACUCCAACCAUGAUCCAAAGCAUAACCGUAAUCAUGACCCGAAUUCUACGGCUAACCUCAACUCGAAUCAUUACUUGAAGCCGAACUUUAGCUCAAACCUGAGACCCCCUAACAAGCCGAACCACUACUCUACUCACAAGCCCGAGACUCACUCUAAGCUGAAACCAAGUUAGAAGGUUAACAUCUAUAUUCUUGGUUCUUUCGCAAGCAGUCGUUUUCCUGAAGACGACCGCUUGCGUUGCGAUCGAAACGUCGUAGUUUUCUGUUAUUUUGUAUUAUUUUCUUUGAACCUAUCUACGUGACUUUACCGAAAGUCACAAAAGCUUUAAGUCAAGAUUUAACAUCUAUAAUAGAGUUGUUUUGGGUUAGAUCACGAUCUAACCCAAUAAACCUCUUUUGUGGAUGAUAUUGAUCGCAUAAGCCUUCGUGUUAAACUGAGUUUAACAUCUGUCUGAGUGUAUUUGAUGGCAGAAUAGAACUCUUGAGUGAAAGACACGCCUUAAUCAGCAGGGUUUAUAACUUUACUAAGUAACCUGUCGUGGGCUUUAACAUUUCCAGCAGGUUUAGCGUCACAGUCCAUGGGGGGUGACGACUUGCUUCACUGUUGAUGGGGUUGUAUAUUCUUGACUGGGCAUUUUUGUGUGCAAAACAUUACCAGUACAUGUGUUUACUAACAUGUAUUUUCUUCAGCGUCAAUUUAAAUUGAGACCGAAAAAUUGAGUCGCACAGGUACACGAGUUUGUUCUGAAGUGUAAAUAAAUCGCUGGGUUUCCGAGUAACUUUUCUGGAGUCAUUUUCAUUUUAAUAACGGAAGAUUUUUGGAAAACGUAUUUCACCGAUUGAAAUUAUUUCUGAAUCAUUUUUUGCAGGACCCUCCAGAAAAUGAGUCCUGAGACUCAUUGAGGCUUUCCUGAGUAAGCAAGCACAAUAACAAUAAAAAAAAUAUUAUCCUUUAAACAAUUGAUUUCACUCAAGACCAGGACAUAUGCAAUGGGUUUCCAAGUAGACAUUUGUGAUUGGUCAUCAUCCGUGAUCUAGCCACUGCUGGAUGAAGGCCUCCCAAAGUCAUAGCCGUCACGGUCACGCGAUGAAACAAUCCAUCAAGCAUCUGCACACGAGCUCAUCUUGUCACUCCAUUUCCACGCUGGACUUCACUGGUUCGUCCUUUCUCCUGACUUCUAAAUGGAAACCCAGUGACGGUCAUGGUCCUCGACAAUACUUGAAGGCUUUGUGAUCAAUACUCAAGACACGAUUCAGGCCUGUGUGUGUGUGUAUUUUGAACGCGUUUGUGGUUGAAAUGCCGAUGUCAGCUCUCAGUUGUGUACUCAGCCAUGUUUUAUUGAACGUCGCCCCUAGAGUACAAACGU